CCUGGAUGGAGGAGGAGGACGAGGUUAAUGCCACCCCGAUGAGCUGACCGAGGUGCAGGUGCUGCAGGCAGUCCAUCCCCAGAAAAGGAGGACAAGGUUGCUGGUACCACUGCGUGAAGCUGCAUUGACUCGUGGUUCCCAUAGAGCACAUCUCUGCACAGAGCGAGCAGGAGCAGCUUGCAUCUUCUGCAGCUGAGGCUCUAACGUACUGGAGGACACUGCAUCUUCCUCAGGGACAAGGGUGAGCUGGAUCCUCUGGGGACCUUAGAAAGGAAUUGUGGUUGGUGGUCACCUGGGGAACUUACUUCACACCAAUGUUGCUCUGAAACGAGUUGAGUCCAACAUUCAUGUUUGGUAAGAUGCCUCAGGAACAGUACGCGCACAGGAGCACCAUGCAGACCUCGGAAGGACCCCAGGUAUACAAAGUGGGGAUUUAUGGCUGGAGGAAGAGAUGCCUCUAUUUCUUUGUGCUGCUCCUAAUGAUUUUAAUCCUGGUGAACCUUGCUAUGACCAUCUGGAUUCUGAAGGUUAUGAACUUCACAAUUGAUGGAAUGGGCAACCUGAGAAUCACGGAUAAGGGUUUGAAGCUGGAAGGAGAUUCAGAAUUCUUGAAACCUCUCUACGCCAAAGAAAUCCGGUCAAGACCAGGCAACCCACUGUACUUCCAGUCUGCCAGAAAUGUGACGGUGAACAUCCUCAAUGAGAAGACUAAAGUCCUUACUCGCCUUGUAACAGGUCCCCAAGCAGUGGAAGCACACAGCCAAAAAUUUGAGGUGAAAACCCUCUCUGGAAAAUUGCUGUUUUCUGCAGAUGACAAUGAAGUAGUAGUCGGAGCAGAGAGAUUGAGAGUUUUAGGAGCAGAAGGCACAGUGUUCCCUAAAUCUAUAGAAACUCCCAAUGUCAGGGCAGACCCCUUCAAGGAACUAAGACUGGAAUCACCUACACGUGCGUUGGUGAUGGAGGCUCCGAAAGGCAUUGAGAUCAACGCUGAGGCCGGCAGCUUGAAAGCCACAUGCAGGACAGAGCUCAGGCUGGAAUCCAAAGAUGGAGAGAUAACAUUGAAUUCUGCAAAAAUCAAACUACCUAACUUGCCUCAAGGAUCUUCCUCUUCUGCAGGGUCCAGGCAAAAAAUCUACGAGCUCUGUGUGUGUCCCAAUGGGAGGUUAUUUCUGUCUCAGGCAGGCGCUAGCUCGACCUGCCAGAUAAAUACAAGCGUCUGCCUUUGAGAGACAAUUUGCAGUGGGGCAUUGCAGGCAGCACAAAAGCUAAUUCUGGUCUCGCAGAUUGCAGCUGCCAACUAUUUUUACUAGAACACAGAAAGCCUAUCAAAGACUUUUUUUGUGUGCGCGCGCGUGUGUGUGAAUAUAUAUAUAUAAAAUAUAUAUAUAAAAUUAUAUAUAUCCUCUGUGUAAAAUGAUGUUUCAGUACAAGGAAUCCCAGGGUGACCCUGUUACAUUUCUGUAGCAUUUCUCUUUCCCCCACCAAAAUUUACUGGUACAAUCUACUGAAUUGGACUUGAUGCUCCCCUGGACCCUUCUGUAGUAAUAUAGUCUAAUGAUCACCCCUUGUUUUUGAUCAUCUUCUAAGAGCAAUGGGAUUGCUGGCUGGUCAAUACCCUGGAACCAAUGUAGACCCACCAACAUACAAAGGGAAGAGUAGCAUCUCUGAUUGUUUUUGCACCAUUAAAUCAGUGGCAUGAAAAAAACAAAAUGGCCGGAUGUGCUGUGCUGGUUGCCUAGAGUGAUCCAAGAUACCUGCGGUUAAAUUAUACACUUAAAUUUUCACCUGAAGCAUGACUCCCUGUUGGGAGAGAUGGAUCGUACUUGGCCAGUAGGAAAAUCCCGGUCUUCUUGCUGGAGUGAGCGUUUGCUGAAGGGGUUCGAUACUUGCCCGUGCUUGCAAUGGAUGCCUUGUGCUAUUCAGGUGUGACUCAUCGGCUCUAACCUUAACCUAAAGUCAUCUCUGUGCUAACAGAACUAGCAUCGUAUUUAGUCCUUGAAAGAAAAAAAAAAAAAAAAAAAAAAAAAAAAAAAAAGUGAAGGUUGGACUAAAAUAGAAAAGCCUUGAACCUCCUCAGUUAACAGGUGUCCUGGAUCACCCUAUGUGCUCUCUAUUACCACAUUCAAAUUUGAAAAGACCAAAUGUACCAUGCGAAGGUGAGAUUUAAGAUUUGGACAUUACCUACCAAUACCUACAGAAACAGAGAAAAUUACCUAUUCUCUCCAUAGAAACAUAGAAAUUCCUACAAAUUGGAUGUAUAAUAUGAAUGUUAUGCCAGAAUUUUUGUCAUCUUUCCAUUCAGGAUAUGCAGUCCAAGAUCACAUAAAUUUUGCAGAGAUUGCAAAUAUCAGAGACGUUGACAAUGUAACAGAUUAUUUUUUCCAAGAAUCUAUAAAGAUUAUGACAAAUUCAGAUUACUGGAAAGCAAAGGCUUUGGAUGGUGGUUCAUCUGGAAUUUGAGUCCAAAAAGCCCUGUGGUUGAAUCUCUUCAUGGGUUCGUUUUUCCUUACUGAAGUCCAGGAGUCACUUACGGGCAGGAUAAAACAUGCAUUUGAUCUGGUAACAUAAUUUCCCUUGUUGAAGUUUUGAAAAAUACUGAGAAGAGCACAGAUUUUUGAAUUCUGACCUAUAACUGCAUCCACGUGCAUGCAAAAAUCCUUGAAAAACAAAUGAACUAAUUAUCACAAAAGUGUUCAAGUCACAGUAAAUCUCACAAGGACUGCGAGGUUUCUAAGUCACUGAGAUGCUAUUGAAAAUAUUACCUUGUAUGCAAAUACAACAGAUCUGUGCCCGUCCCUAGUCAUAUCUAAGCAAAGCUGGUAUUCCUCAAGCAAUUUUCAAGACAAAAAUGUAGCUGACAAUAAUUUUUAGAAAUAACUUAGCCCUUUCUUUUUUUUUUUUUUUUUUUACAUAUUUCCAUGCAUUUUCGUAUGGUCUGGAGAGUACCAGGGUUUGAUUUUUUUUUUCUUUUUUUAAUGAUCUAUUCUGGCCUAAUCCAACACUGGCUGGACUCAAUGGGAAGAUUUCUAUGAAGUUUGGAUUAGAUGUUGCUGCCUAACAAAGCAACAUUCCCAUAAAAUUUAUUCCUGAAAGAGGAUUGAGUGAUCUACAUUUAUUUCAGUGAUGCUUUCAGAUCAAUGAAUGAAUUCAAACUAUUUGUUAAUGAAUGAUUCCUGUAAUUAUUAUGUCUUGAGUCAAUGUUCGAAUGCAAAGGGUCACCCAGGAUAACAAUUGUAUUGGGACACAGGACUAUACCAUCUCUGUUCAAAGAGGGGAAUUGUGCCUAUGCCUUAAGUCAAUGCACUCAGCAAGGAGAAGCACAUCAUAUUUAUCUUGUUACUAAAACUAGUUCAUCUGGGGGGAGGGACAGGAGGGUGUCUUGGGAUCUGGUUGUGCAACUUAGAUGUUAAUGAAAUGCAUUUAGACUGUAGGGGCACCAAGAAUGAUACCAAUUUAUUUUAUUUUAUUUUAUUUUUAACAUGUUAUAUACAACAAAAUACUGUGUACGUUACCUCUGGGACCACAACAGAAGUCCCAUUCAUAGUCCUACAUUUACUGUAGAAUUUUUUCCCUGUUUCACUUAAUACUGAUCAUAAACCUUAUAGCAAGCAUGGCCCAAUUCAUAAACAAAUCCUGCAUGCACAAGCACUUGAGUGGUUGUGAAGACAGCUGCUGCAGGAAGAGUAUCCUGUACAGAAAAUGAGUUGCAUUAACUUUCCCUUCCCUGGGGGUGUCAGUGCUAGUGAGAAACAUGGGGCUGAACACAAGGACUGACUCAGAAGGGAUGCUGCCUCCUGAUCUCCAUGCUCCUCUCCCAGGAGUCUGCUGGCUCAGUCCUCAUCCCCACACACCAUUUAGCUGCUGUGCUGAGCACUGCUUUCCCAGCAAUUUCAUUUUGAGUGGCUGGUCUUCUCAGCUGAGCUCUUGGACAAGGUUAUCACCUUCUCGUAUUAGGAAGGCUAUAAAACUGCCUGAGGGCAUUCAGCUAUUUAUUUUGGUACGAAUUUCUAUGGGGGAGCCGUUAGGGAACAGCCUUAGACAUCUGGGCCAUCACUACGAAAUAGCAUUUUCUGCAGAAAGCUUCUUGGACAUGCUUUUAAUUAUGCCUGUGUAAAGGAGUUCCAGUUACUUCAAUAUACUUUACAAUCAUAUUCCCAUCUCAAAGAGCAUGACAUGAUAUGCUGUGUUGCUAGAGAGAUUGAACCUAUAUAGAGACCUGAAAACCGUUUGAGCCCCACUUGAGUGUUAAGAGCACAGUUUGGAUGAUGAUGCCCAUUCUUGCCCUGGCCUCAUGACUCAUCCCCUGCUGUUCAGUGAGUGGCAAGCCAGAGCGAGCAGGACUGCAUGUCUCAGAUCCCAGGGGAAAAAAAAGGCAUUUUGUUUAAGAAGUGGCAUGCAAACACAUCCAGCUAUCUCACGUUUCACAGUUUGUUGUCUGGGGGCAAUUGUGGAGUGACCAGCUCACCUGUUCCAAGAGGCAGAUGCAUGAGACUCCCUUGCCCAGAGUCCACUCACAUUUGCUUUACCUUUAUGAGUUGGUUUUCCUUGAUUGCAUCCAUGUUAUAACCUCCCUGGCCAGAAUUUUGUACAUAUGCUCUACCUGCCAUUGAUAAAUGCCAAAAACAAACAAUGGUUUGUGUAUUUCUUUAUGAAUUGGGCCUGCAAUUUUGUUCAAUUGAGCAUUUGCUAUUAGGGGAGAUGCCAUUUAUCUCAAAUCAGAGUUUAGUUUUACCUCUCAACACUAAGGCAAGGCUGGGGUGGAUGGUGAAUUUGUUUAUACCGAGCUCAGUGGAAGAGACCCCAACGACUUCACAGCCUGAGCUAGAGCAGGAGCUUGACGGAUGAAAAUUUGCGGCACUGAUGCCAGUGGAGACACUGCCAGCUAUUUCGGUGGCUGUGGAGCUGACCUCUGACUCUGCACUGUGUGCGAUCCUGCAUUGCAGCUAUGUGCAUUAAAAACAUUGAAAUGCUGAUCAAGGGACUGUGAUACUAAUGUCAGUAUACCUUAGGCAACCAGUUAAUGAUAAAUGCUUUUAUGUGUUGUAGUUCUUAAUUUUACAAGGCUUUGGGACCUUGUUAAAUUUGCUUUAAAUGCUACACUUCAGUACACAGUCGGGAAAAUGACUGUCAGUGCUUACCUGUACUCCAGUACCUGAGCCAUAUGUCAUGUAUGACCCUUCUGUGUGGAUGUGGGGAGGGUUAAAGCAAAAAGACUUUGCCAUUAGAAAAAACAGAGAUCCUAAUACCAAUUGUACAACUGUAUCCAUUCUCCAUGUCUUUGGGUUUGUUUUUUUGUUUUAUUUUGUUGUGUUUUUUUUUGUUUUGUUUUGUUUUGUUUUUUUUUACCCUUUUUUGAAGUAUAUUACCCAGUAGUCUGUGAAAUGGGUAGCUUUAGAGUAAAAAGAAAUGUCAACACUAAAGGAAGUCCUCGAACGGGAAAAGCCAGUAACUACUUGACUAGGUAUAAGGCCUCUCCUAGGUAUACAUUUUUAGAAAACUAAGCAUGUGCAGGAGUGAUUUUUAUUUGUUUCUCUCAGUCGUGUCUUGUCAAACAGCUGUAUUUUAAGAGUUGUGUUUUUUUUUUUCUCCUUCAAUUAUAAAUAUCAUAAUGCACAAGCAAAAAAGUUUAGGGCAUAAGCCUAAAAAUGCCAUCUGCAAUAUAUGGUACAGCAAAACGAUGUUUAAAUCAAGAAAACCCUCCCUAGAAAUUGUUUCAAGGUUAAGGAGUGAUUCCUGUGGAACUUCUGAAGAUGUCCAGUCAGUUUCCAUCAUACCUGGUUUGCAGUGACAGAUGAUUUUAAAGGAAAUUAACUUUUGUUGUCAUAAAAUACAUGCACACACACAUAUAUAUACACAUGCUCACAUACAAUUUUUUUUUUCUAUUUGCUCUUAUGGCUUUAAGUUUCACAUUGCAAAAGACAGUGAGACAAAGACCAAAGACUUAUAGAAAUUAAUCCCUUCUCUAGUUGCCCUCAUGCCUGAAAUGCAUUAACUUUAAUGGUGCUUUUUGGAACUGGCCAGGAAAAAUACAGAUUUAUUGCAUAGCUGCAUUUGAGAGAAUACAGUGACAGGAAAGGAAAUAACGUGAAGUUCUGUAAAUGUACGCAGAGGGUAAGGUUACCUGAAAACUGAAACAUGCAGAAAUAACCAAAAAAUUAAAAGACGUCCUCCAAGGCUGAAAGUAUAAAUAAACUGAGGAAAUGUUACUGACUGUGCACAUCCCUGCACUUGAGCAUAAACCGAUGAGGGAUGCUGGUAGUUUUUGGCAGAGGGGCUUUGUGGAUUUCUUAAGGGCAGGCAGGCAUGGGGCUCUUGGGCUCUGUUUCAGGGAGGACAUGAACGAGAGAAGGAUGGCUCCUGUAAAGGCAUCUGAAUCUUCAGUCUUAAGAAUUCUUAAUACCCUGCUUGGUGAAGAAGAAUAACUGCGCUGUAAUGAUUUAAUGAUUUCAUUUUAAAGUGCAUGUAGUAAAAAUAAGAAAGUUAGGAGCUGUUUUUUUUGUGUGUUUUCCUUUUUUUUUUUUUCUGUUUUUUUGUGUGUGGGUUUGGUUUGGUUUGUUUUUUUUGUUUUUAACAGCUGACAUUUUAAAUUUGGAAAUGUCAUCAUCCAGAAAUCACCUGAAAUCACCUGAGCAGAUGCAGGGAGCAUUCCUGUCAAGCUCUGGCAAUCAGGAGAUUGGUGUUUUUCAAAUCUGAACACAGCAGCUUCUUUAUUCUCAUUGCUGUUGUUGUUGAGGAAUGCAAUCACAGUAACAUUUCCGUUUUCCCCAUUUUAAGCUUUUUCAUCAGUUCUGAAAUUGCUGUGUAAUGUUUUGGUAGCCAGUGUUGUGCCACACACACGGGGCUAUGUUCAGGUGGCUGCAGUCCCCAAAUGCCAUCUCAGCUUCUCGUGCCUCCAAAGACCAAAAUCAGCUAGCAUCAAGCAUGAAGCAGUAACACUAAGGUGAAAUUUGGGCCUUUUGGGUAAAUUCUCCAUGGCAGUUGCAGUGUUUUCACAGCUGAUGUAGCCAAGUUUAUAGCUGUGAUUGGAGCAGGGUUAAACACUGAUGUGGCGCUGAUGAGAUUAUUCAAGCAGGAGCGGAGUAAAUUAAAGAAGGCAGGUAGGAGGGAGAGGGAAGAAAUGGCAAGAGACAUCACCCUAAUCACGGUAAUGCAGCAAACUUUUGUCUGUUUACACUAUUAUACUUUAAAUUAAUAACAUCCAUUUUUACUAAAUAUGGUAGCAAUCAUGUUUGAUCUUUCCUGGUGCACAGUGGAAUUGCUGUCACUGAAAGCACUUACAGCCUGGGCUGGUUAAGAUUGCUAGGGUGUUGUUUCCGUCCACAAUAACCACAAUGGCUUGGGGCUUGGAUGGAAAUUAUAGUGAAUAGCUUGUAUUUAGAAAGCUUUUAAAUCUACUGUGGUUGAGAAGCACAUGAUUAUGCACAUACAGCCCUGAGGCUUUAUCAUUUAAAACUCUCUUGUCCUGCCACUUGAAUUGCAUUGUGCCCUUGUGAAAAGUGACACACUUUCUUUAUGCAGGAAAACGUGGAUAUUUAAAGCUGCAGGAUUUUUUUCCAAAGCGAACAAGAAAAUAUAACCAUAGCGUACCAUUGAGACUUCCCAUCCAAGUCACUUUAAACUAGAGAUGUGAGUCCCUUAAAAAUUAAUUUGCUACAAGUGUAAUUCCUGCGGGAAAGUCAGCCCUGGUGUCACUUCCAGGAAAUGUCUCACCUUCUCGACGUCUGUGGUGGCUGGGAUCUUCUGCCACUGGUAAAUCAGUAGCAGUGGGCUGCCUGGUCAGACAAAGCCACAUUUCCUUUGGGGCCACUCAUCUCCAUGGAGAGGGUGAGUUUUGUUAGUUUUUAACCAGUACUUAAAAGUAGGAAGGAUGUGUCCGCUGCGAAGCAAUAUGUAGUUUGUCAAAUCUUCCUGCCUGCAAAAGAAAAUGUCAGAAAGAAAAAAUUGUGCAAAAGUGUUGCAUUUACAUUGUUUCCUGCUCCCAAAUGCUUUAGAUAAAAAUAUGCAGCCUUAGUAAAAAGGUCUUUUUUUUUUUUUUUCAAAGAUUAAAAGGACACGUUGGAGCCUUUCAUCAGGUCCAUCCCAAAUGGAAAGUCUCACUAUUUCUAACACUUUCACCAUGACAGGAAUAGGCCCAUUGCAAAGCAUAGGUCAUGCGCAUCUUUGCAUGUAGCAAGAAUUUAGAAUUGCAUUGUACUUUCACAUUUUUGCCCCAUUUGAAAGGCUUAACCACUGAUAGGAAAUAAAGCUUUCUGAAGCCUGCCUACAGCUAAAUGCGUUACCACUUUCUAAAGCAAUGUAGUUUCUUUGUUCUUUUAAAGAUUUCCUCAUAACGGAGUCCUUGAAACAUCUUGAGGCAGGCUUACGCUGGAGAGCAGAAGAAUAAUUAUUUGUGGGCGGUUCUAUUUUUACCAAAGGCUGGAUUAUAGUUGAAAAAUGUUGCUGUUAGAGUUUCUCCCACACUUACUUAGCUGCAAACACCACCACCCCCAACACUACGGCAAGAUUUCUCCCAGGAUAGCUGCCUGCAGAGCAGGGAGCUAGCUGCUCCACUAAGCAAGAGCCUGCUAAUUUUGUCUUCAUUUGGGUCCUCCUCUGGGUUUGUGCACUCACUACCAGUGCUAUAUUUGAUCUAGCAGCUAAUGAAACACUUUGGCGAUGCUAAUGAUUUUACAGAUGGAUGUGUACAUGCAGUCUAAGUGGUAUAAAUUAUGGUGGUGGUUAUUGGUUGCUGUAUUAACAAGGCCUUGAUCACCUUGAAGGCAUCCAGGGGAUGCCCCCGGUACGAUGCCUGCCCUCAGGCAGCCUGUGAGGUAGGGAGGCUGGAGGCUGGCAUUGCCCUUUCUCGUUGAUCUCCGUCCCAUUGCCAGGUCCUCUGCACUAGAAACAGCAGCAAGGAACGGUGCCUGCCUUGCAAGGCUGGGCUGGAGCAGUACAGCAGCUUGCACAGGACAGGCACUUGACUCUGUGGCUGGGGUAAAUCAGGAUGGGGCUCCGUUUAACUCACUGGUAGCCUAUACCAUCUGAGGGUUUCACCCUGAAGGUUUGAGUACGCUGUCUAAACCACCAUGAUCCAUGCUCCAGCCAGAUUAUUUCAUGGGCAGUACGUGCAUGGGCAGUACGUGCAUGGGCAGUACGUGCAUGGGCAGUACGUGCAGCAGGCGGUCUUGCCAGGGCUCUGGGGCUCUGCUGCUCCCAUGCACGUUAGGUCAGGGCUGCACUGUGUGCGGAGUGGCUUCCGCAGAGCAGGCGCUGCUGGAGGAAUUUGCUUUCUUGUCCCCUCCUGUGGGUAAUCAGAGAGAGCACAGAAGUUAGGAGUAACAAAUCCUGCCCUUGCUCAGCAGAGUGAGAGCACACCAGAAGCCUCAUAAAGAGCAGAUCUGAGCAAUUAUCACACCCUAUGUUUAUCAAAGAAGGGCUCGGCUGAUAGCACUCACACCCAGAUUUCUCCCUAGAUCAGAGCUUUUCCUGAGCCAUGAGCCAGAUCUCGGUCUGGAUCUGCACUGUGCAGUACUCUGGGUGCAGGGAAGGGAUUGACCUGCUGGAUCUGACUCAGAUCCGUUUGAUUUUUUUUUAUUUUUUGCCCACCCCUUAUCGAAUUAGUUUCCUUGUGCACGAAUGCCAAUAGAGUUGCUGAUAUUAACCCAACACAUGCUCCGCGUAAUUAGACCCAGCAGCAGAACAACAUUCAGUGUGAGUUGAAGCAAAUCCCCAUUCAUCUACAACAGUAGCAUAAAGGCAUGACCCAUAUGCUAUGGCAGUUUUCAUCUGUGAUGGUUAAAAUACCUUGUCUGACCUCUACUCUGAUAACCACCAAUGACCUUGAUAUUGUAAACAGGACAAAAUGAAUUUAAAGUCUUAUCAUAGUUCUCAUUAAGAAAUUCAGAUUGGUUUGGCUUUUUUCUUUUUAAUUUAUGUAUGUGUGUGGUUGUGUGGGAAAAUAUAAAGCUUUUUUGUAUCAAAUAACAUCAAUCCUUGCACACUCUAUGCAAAAUUUUGUAAGCAUUGCAAUAAUGCUAUGAAUUACACAAGGAACUAUUUUAACUUUAUUACACUUUCUGUAUAAAAAAAUUUGUAUUUAAAUGAUUUCAACUGCAAUCUUGUAAAAUAUAUUAAUAAAAUAAUGAUUGUUAAGAAGGAAA